AUGGCCUCGACAAGUAAUUUGUUUCCUCUUCAAUAUCCCCGUCUUACCAAGGAAAACUAUGGUAACCGGGCUUCGAGAAUGAAAGCUCUACUCGGCGCCUAUAGUGUUUGGGAAGUUGUCAACAAUGGAUAUGAUGAGCCGGAUGAUGAAGUUACCAUGAAUCAAAAUCGGAGGAAUGCAUUGGAGAAGAUUCGAUCAAAAGAUCAGCAUGCCCCGUCAAUCAUCUAUCAAUGCUUAGAUGAUUCAAUGUUCGAGAAAGUGUCGAACGCUUCUACUUCAAAGGAGGCAUGGGAGAUACUUCGCAACACACACCAAGGAGUACAAAAAGUUCAAAAGAUUCGCCUUCAAACUCUAAGAGGCGAGUUCGAGGUAAUUUGUGUGAAAGAAUCUGAGUCGAUUUCUGAUUAUUUCACAAGAGUCUUAGCGAUUAUGAACCAGAUGAAAAGAAUUGGUAAAGAAGUUCUCGAUGUUCGCGUUGUCGAAAAGAUUCUUCGAUCGUUAGACAAAAAGUUUAACCACAUUGUAGUUGCAAUCGAGGAAUCCAAAGACCUUGAUGCCAUGACGAUCGAUGAACUUAUGGGUUCAUUACAAGCCCAUGAAGAAAGACUCGGAAGAAAUAAGCAUGAACCGGUGGAGGAAGUACUCCAAACUCGGUUGUCAAUUCGAGAUGAGAAGGAACAAAUACGAGAAUCUGUGCAAGCUCGAAGCACUUAUCAAGAUCGAGGUCGAGGUCGUGGUCACUUUCAUGGAAGAGGUCAUGGACAAAGCAUAGGAGAAUUUGCUCGCAAAGAAGGUGGCUAUUAG